AUGCCUGCCCCGACAGCCCUGCUCAAGCAGGUCGACGACACCCCUCCGUCCAACGUCCCACUUCCCGAGACAAACCAAGAUGAGGACUUCACAUUAGAAGGCAUCAACGAAUUACCCGAAGACGCCAACGCCGUUCUCCAACCGGUACGCAAAGCAGGAGAAGAGGGCAUGGAGAUAGACGAGGAAGACAAGCCGCACUUUGCGCCCGUUCAGAACACAGACCCGGCAACGCACAUCCAGACGCGCAAGGUCGGCAUCCCGCCGCACCGGUUCACGCCGCUCAAGAGCGCGUGGGCCAAGAUCUACCCGCCGCUGGUCGAGCACCUGAAGCUGCAGGUGCGCAUGAACGUGAAGCACAAGCGGGUGGAGCUGCGCACGUCGCGGCACACGACGGACGCGGGCGCCCUCCAGAAGGGCGAGGACUUCGUGCGCGCGUUCGCCCUCGGCUUCGACGUCGACGACGCCGUCGCCCUCCUCCGCCUCGACGACCUCUACAUCGAGACCUUCGAGGUCAAGGACGUCAAGACCCUCACCGGCGACCACCUCGCCCGCGCCAUCGGCCGCAUCGCCGGCAAGGACGGGAAGACCAAGUUCGCUAUCGAGAACGCUUCCCGCACUAGGGUCGUGUUGGCCGAUUCUAAGAUUCACAUCCUGGGAGGAUUUAAGAAUAUCCACAUAGCCCGUGAAUCUAUAGUGAGUCUUAUACUGGGUAAGCCUCCCGGCAAGGUUUACAACAAUUUACGCACGGUGUCUUCGCGGAUGAAGGAGAGGUUCUAA